AUGAUUACCAAUUUGUCCGAAUGUAUUAAACAUGUUAUUAUUCAAAGAUUGAUCAAUGUGGUUGAUUUCGGUCCACAUCGGGAUGUAGAUGCUGGUAUAACUGAUGAGAGCAGAGGUGACAGUGUACUUGUUUACGAGGAGGGCAGAAGGCAGGAGCAAAAUGGUACUGGUGGUGGUUUUAAUAGAGCUGCAUAUAGAGAGGCAUUGAGGUUGUCUGGGUUUCGAUAUAAGAAAUUAGGGUGGAGUACGAUAUUAGAUUACUUAUACCCUUCGAAAUUCUAUCCUCGACUCAGUGACGCAUGUGCCAAUGGUGAAAGCAAAAUCUUCAUUUUUCUCACUAAUUACAAAUUACUAGUAGAGUUACAUUAA